AUUUUUGGCGGGAAAUAAGGCAUGAUGGGCAAUGAUGUAUUGACCAAUCAGAAGGCGAGAAAUGGAGGUACUUAAAAUCCUUCUUCCACGAGUUCUGAGGUUAUCUGCACGUUGUCGACAAUCAAGAACAACUAAAGGGUUGGCGUAAGAAUUCUGCGAAAACGYAGCUGAAAAUUACAAGAAAAAGCAUAUCUUCUACUGGUACCCGAUUUUUCUAUUCGACCCCCCGUAAAGACUUGACAUUUGGACGUAACUGAAGCAAACAACAUGGCUGACGAUUGGGAAGACAACACGUCACCGGCUACUAACGGUUUUGGCUCGAGCAGUGGCUUCGGCUCCAUGAAUGGAGGCAGUAGUUUUGGGGAUGGUGAUUCUGGACGACGAAAACCAUUUGGCCGAGGUGGAGGAGAUUCUAGUGGCUUUGGUGGUGGAAGUAAUGGUGGAUUUGGAAGUGGUGGGCGUGGAUUUGGUGGUAAGAGUGGUGGUGAUACUAGUGGUGGGUUUGGUAGUGGUGUUGGUGGGUUUGGUGGUGGUGAUAGUAGUAGUAGUGGAGGAUUCGGUAGUAAGAGCGGCGGUGGUGGAUUUGGAAAAGGGGGAGGUGGAUUUUCUGGAGGGGAUGAUGAUGGUGCUGGUAGAGGUGGUGGAUUCAGUGGAGGGGAUGGAUGCAGGAAUUGUGGAGAAUCUGGUCACUUUGCAAGAGAAUGUCCUAAAAAGGAAAGCGGUGGUGGUGGUGGUGGUAACUGCUUCAAAUGCCAGCAAUCAGGCCACUUUGCCAGAGAUUGUCCCAAUGCUGAAAGUUCUGGUGGUGGCGGCGGUGGCAACUGCUUCAAAUGCCAGCAAUCAGGCCACUUUGCAAGAGAUUGUCCCAAUGCUGAAAGCUCUGGUGGAGGCGGUGGUGGUAACUGUUACAAGUGUCAGCAAUCAGGCCAUUUUGCAAGAGAUUGCCCUAACGCUGAGAGCAACGGUGAUGGUGGUAGCGGAAAGAGCUGUUUUAAGUGCAACGAGACUGGUCACUUUGCUAAAGAUUGUCCAAAUGUUGAGGAAGGUGCAGAUGGUGAUAGACCAGCUCCUGUUACUUAUGUCCCUCCUACACCAUCGGACAGUGAAGAAGCCAUCUUCAGAACCAUUCAAGAGGGCAUCAACUUUGAUAAGUACGACUCCAUCCCAGUAGAAGUCUCUGGGGACAACCCUGUCAAGCCAAUCAAAACUUUUGAAGAAUCAAAUUUAUAUGAGACAUUCCUAAGUAACGUGAAGAAAGCUCAUUACCACAAGCCAACACCAGUACAAAAAUAUGCAAUCCCUAGUAUUCUGGCUGGAAGAGAUGUGAUGGCAUGUGCACAGACUGGCUCAGGAAAAACUGCAGCAUUUUUACUUCCUGUUAUGACUGGAAUGAUGAACGAUGGUCUGGUAAGUGGAUCCUUUACAGAUGUCCAAACACCACAAGCUGUUGUCAUUGCGCCCACAAGAGAACUGGCUAAUCAGAUCUAUAUGGAAGGUCGCAAGUUUUCCCAUAACACUAUGCUACGAGCUGUGGUAUGCUAUGGUGGUGUGUCUGUGGCCCAUCAGCAGAGACAAAUACAGAAUGGCUGUAAUCUGCUCGUUGCGACGCCUGGACGGUUGAAACAAUUUAUUGAAAAAGGAGUGGUGUCCUUAACAAAAGUGAAGUACCUAAUCCUGGAUGAGGCAGACAGAAUGCUAGACAUGGGCUUUGAGCAAGACAUCAGAAAGAUUGUGGAAACUAUGGGAUUACCGGACAAAAUGAGUCGCCAGACAUUGAUGUUCAGUGCUACAUUCCCUGAGGAAAUCCAAACACUGGCACAAGACUUUUUGAAUGACUACUUGUUCUUGACAGUCGGUCGUGUAGGAAGUGCAACUACUGAUAUUGAACAGAAUAUCGUUGAAGUGUCUGAGUUUGAGAAGAGAGACAAACUAACAGAAAUACUUGAAAAUGCAGGAACACAUCGAACUCUGGUUUUUGUGGAAUCUAAACGAGGGGCUGAUUUUCUUGCUGUUUUCUUGUCUCAAGAGGGAUUUCCUACCACAAGUAUCCAUGGUGAUCGUCUGCAAAGAGAGCGUGAAGAAGCUUUGGAGGAUUUCAGAGAAGGUCGCUGUCCUGUUCUCAUAGCAACCAAUGUGGCAGCCCGUGGAUUGGAUAUUGAUGAUGUCAAACACGUGAUAAACUUUGACCUCCCAAGUGAAAUCGAUGAAUACGUCCAUCGUAUCGGAAGGACAGGAAGAAUAGGAAACAAGGGAAAAUCAACCAGUUUCUUUCUGAGAGGAAGGGAUGAUAAGAUUGCCCGUGGACUGGUUAAAGUUCUCUCUGAUGCUAGCCAAGAAGUUCCUGAAUGGUUAGAGAGCAUUGCCGAGGGUGCCAUAGGUACAGAUUAUGGACCAGCUGGUGGGAGAUUUGGUUCCAGAGAUACAAGAAAACAGUAUGGAAACAGAAACAACGACAUGUCCAAUGGAUUUGACACAUCACCUAUAUCUGCUGGGGUACCUGUGCCUGCAGGAGGAGAUGAUGACUGGGACUGAUAACAUAUUUCCCAGUAAUGCAUUGCAGUCAGCAUCUUACCCAAGACUGCAUUUUAUUAUACUUAUAAUUUAAACAAGUUGAUGUUACGAUUCCAAGAACUUUCUUGGGAUAUUUAAAGACUUCUAGUUCAAUAUGCAAGCUUUAUUAUGCAGAUAAUUACAUAUAUAUUAUGAUAUUGUAUUUAGUUAUAUAUAUUUUUUAUAUCAGAACCAUUGAUAGUAAAUGUGGCUAGUUAAAAACAAGAUAUUGUGAGAUAGAUUUAGGUUAAAUUUGCCCUUCAGAACCUUUCCAACAAACCUUCAUUGGAGCUCACAUYGAAACAAAAGUUUGAAUUUCCGUAAAACUUUACUCUGCUAUACAAGGCUUAAAUUAACGGCCAGACAUGUAUCCGACAAUAUAUGCCCAUAAUUCGUACUCGCCAUGUCAAAUCUUUGACUUAUCGGUCAUUUUGACCAGUAAUGUUAAACCAGAAACAAGUUAUGACAAGGCUAAAACCAAUUUGGCCCAUCAUCAUGACCGACGACUUACCCGCCUUAAUUUUAAGGCUUGCUAUAUGAGCUCUAAUAGGAGUUUCUCCAAAGGUUCUAUAGCUUUACACCACUUUGUGUUACCAGAUUUCUGGUUUUUUGGCUUUGGUCAGUUGAAAUACUACUAACUUUGCCAAAAAUCAAAACUUAUCACUAGUUUAAAGUUAGAGUGAUUUUCCUCAGACCGUGAAAUUGUUGGUAUACUAAUUGGAUUUUUUUAGACCUUGUUUGGCAGUAUUGUUUUCAUCGUCAUCAUCAUCAUGUAUGACUGUUUUUUAUUUGACUGUUAUACUGCACCAACUUUGAGUCUUUCAAUUUGCAGCUGCACAAGUUGCUUGAUAUACUGUGAGGAUCAGCUCAAUUUGAUAUAUACACUAACUACUAGAAACUGUUUCACAUUCUGAGGAAAAUAACCACGAAAAUAGGUGUAAUAGUGCAGCAGAGGUAGGCACUGAUAGAACAAUAUCAGCAACAUUCCUAGAUCAAGGGCUACAUUGCAUAACUUUACGUAUGAACUGUUCAGUUGGGCAUUCCACGUGAUGAACAAUUUAUGCAUUGAAAUUGUGGUGGAAGAUAUCAGAUAUAGAAGACACUCCAAUUCUGUUCAUUGAAUAUCCCCUAUAAAUACAGGGGUGAACUAUUUGAUGUAGACAAUUUUUGAGGAUGAUAGUUGCCUCUUGGCAAAUGUAAAGGACUUCUCUUGCAGUUGGCAAAAGUACAGAUUAUAUCCUACACAAGACUUUAUCAACGCUAAAUAAUUUUUACAAGGGACUACUUCAUAUGACUACUUCAGCAAAGCUUCAAGUUGGAACUUGAUAUUAAUGGAACUAACAAAUAACCAGCUCUAAGUUUAUUGGAACCAAGAAUGUUUUAUAUAAAACUGAUAAAAAAUACUGUUAAUAGUUUGAAGAUUUUAGAGUCAGAUUAUCAACCAGCCUAGUCUUAUAAUAUCCUGCAAAGGUAACGUUACAAUGCGGUGGUAUUGAGGACAGGUGAAUGCCUGGAAAUGUGGACAUUAAUUUUGGCAUCCUUUUCAUCACUGGUGACAUAUGCUUAAAAUGCAACUGCCACUACAACACAUCAACAUUGAGUUCUGGAUUAAUUCUACCUCCAAGAUGGGUUAAAUUAAACUGGAAAGUAUGAGGAAAACCUUUAAAUGACUUCCUUAAAACUGUACACGUCUGUGAUGGCAACAUGGACUUCUGUCAUUUUUUUCCUGUAAGAUGGGAAAGGCCAAAGCAUACUUUGGUCAGAGCACUGUCUAUUCACGAGGAACAUGACAAGAUGGACAAUAAACGAAUCAAACAUGUCUUCACUUGUAUUCAAUACAUGGAGGAGCCUUAAAGACUAUAUUAUCCUAUUGGACACUGGAGUUGAACUAUCACCAAUAAUUGGACCAAGUUCUUUAGAGAAUUUUGAAAGACUAAAUCGUUUGUGAACUAUUUGAGUGAAACAUUAGACUUAAAACUAAAGUGCGAGAAGACAUUACGACUUUAUGGAAGCUCAACUAAGGAAUUGAUCAUGAACAAUGCACUACAAGUUAAAAUGUGUAAAAUACGAGGUGGACAUCUAUUGGAAUGUUGGCGAACAAUUUCUGAUCUUGCAACAUAACUUUGGUUGAUGAUGUACAGUUGAACUGACUUGUUCAGAGCUUGCUCUUCGACAGAAGAUUCAUUCGAUUGGAUUUUGAAAGACUUACUUCACAAGCUGUUCUAAACAAAACUUCACUCUAAUUUUCCAUCCCCUCUUGCAAACCAUAUAUCUGUGAAAUAGCACACUAAACACUAAACACAUAUUUCUAAAAUAAAUAGCACUAAAUACUAUUUAUUUUGCUUUCAAUUGUUUCAUUGGUGCUAUUUUGUACUAUGAGCUAGUACUAUUUCAUGGAUAUAUAUAGUUUUUACUUAACUUACAAGUCUAAGUCUUUUUUCAUUCUAAAUUUGUAUUAUAACACCAUGCAUUUUGUUUAGUACAGCAUUGAGAGCUUGCCUGAUCUGUAAGGCUUGAAUAACUCGCUGAUGUUUAGUGCUCCAGUUGAGUUAGUUUGUAGAUUUUUACAAUAAAACCCUUAUAUAACUUA